AUGGCGUCAAUAUCCAAGUACGUUGAUGAGGACGACAUCUCUCUCACAUCAACCGAGAGCGAGCAAUACAAUUCUGACACGGAAUUUGAGGUUGAGAAAAUUCUCGCAGAGAAGGGGGGCAAAAACAACAAGUUCUACCUCAUCUCUUGGCUAGAUUAUCCCAUCGAGAAAGCGACGUGGGAACCCCAGAAGCACGUGGGUCCGGAGAUUCUGGGAACAUGGAAUAAAAGAAAGCAGCGACAGGAAGAAGGCAAAGAGGAACGCUUUGAUGUCGAUCAAUGGACCAACCGGGUCAAAAGACUCGAGAACGAGAGGGCGGACCGGAAGAGACGACGAGCUGCCAAGAGGAAGCGGAUUAGGAAGGCAGAACUUGAGGCGCUGGCCGCGAAAAAUGCUAAGAAGCAGCAGCAUGCAGACAGCGACGCCUCCAGUAGUGAGGCUCUCGAGGAGAACGAGUUCGAGGACUCUGCUGGUGUGAGGCUUAAAGGGGCUUCAAAACGAAAGAAGGUACCCAUCAGAAGGUCGCCCUUGAAGACGGCCAUCAAAGGGCCGAGCAUCGAUGAACUGUACGAUAGGGUUGAUAAAGCCGAUGCUAAGAUCGAAGAGGAGAGUAACAGGAAAAAGAAGAGUGGAAAAAGGACUGGCCGUUCUUCAGAGACGAACCUGGCUCAAUAUGUAACAGACCCGGAGGAAGAUGUGACUUUGGCUCAAGCCAAAAGAAGUGGCUCAACUGCACGGCCACGAUCGGCUUCUAUCAGUGGACCGUCAGCUCAACAAUUGAGUGUAUCGCGAGCCACUUCAGCAGCAGUCAAAACUUCAGUUACAGCUCAGCGAUCAGUGGCAGCCAAACCAGCUGCCACGAGUAGACAGCCCGCUGCUGGUAGGACCGCAUCGUCACACAGUGUCGACGCCAGUAGGCCACCCAUGCCUGCCAGUAUUGUUUCCGCAAACAGCACCGAUGCUAACAGAGGAAUGAACCCCCCACUUGGAGGUCUGAAUAUCAGAGCCGGAAAACGUGCCACCAGAGGUGGAUCAAACGUCGGCCCUAGAAAUGUUUUUGAAGCAAGAGAGGCACCCAAAUCAGAACGUCCAAACCUUCUUCAAAACGCAACGAAUGCUGUCGAAACCAAGCCCUUUGGCAAGAUGCGUUUUCGGAGAAGGGCCGAACUACAAGCUAGAGAUAUGGCAGAGAGAGCCCCAGAUCUCAAUGUCCUUGGUGGUCUCUUUGAUCCAUCGGACCCAUCCGCUCUGCAACCGAUCAGGCCCUCUGAUAUCAAAAGAUCAAGCAUUCCCUUUAAUCAAACAGAGUCGGACGUGGAUCGGGGUCCUAAUCCACUGUUCUUGUCGAGAACCGAAACACCAGCUCCUGAAGUACAUGCAAGUCGUCCUGUUGCGCUCACUCGUCCGCAGCCUGCAAGUUCAAGACCACUUGUGUGUUUCUUUUGGGACAGACAGCAGAGAGGUCUCGUCGAUUCUCCGUGUAGGAAUGGUGAGAGUUGCAAGUUCGACCAUACCUACUAUUACGAACAGCCUGUCGCGCACCCACCGGACGACUGGAUUACCCCUGCCGAGAAAUUUAUACCUCUCUCAAGACACGCAGACCAUCCAAACGACGGAACAAUGUCACCAAAUGAAAAUCAUCCUUCUACAGCCAACUCAGUCUCCCAGCAAGAGAGAAACUCGAGGCCCCUUCCAGUAGCAGCAGCACCGGGGAAUUAUGUAUUUCCUGCAUCUAAUAAGUUCUCGAGGCAGGCAGAAAAUUCUGCGGAUGAUAACCGCGAUUCAGCGUCUCACGCGGACCACUCUACAUCGAUGACUGACAACUUCAACAAGCCCCCUGUCUGUUUCUUCUGGGACAGGGCCCAGAAAAGUACCAACCUUGCGUCUUGCUGGAGAGGAUCAAACUGCGUUUAUGCUCACACAUAUGAGUUCGGAACGAACAUUUGUCCACCCCCGUCCAGAUUUAGUAGCCCAGAUCUGCCCUCUCUAUCAGCAGGGCAAUCCGAACGACCACCAUGGAAUCCCGAGAAUCCCCUCAAUGCAAUAUGCUAUACCUGGUACCACGGACGGAUAUGUGGUGGAGAUCCUUGCAAAUUCUAUCACAGCAUGGAGGAAAAUCUACCGAUUGCACCAUCAUCCGAAGGCCAAGCUGUAACGGCCUCGACAGCUACCUGCUCAGUUGACGCCCAGCUGCCUGCAUCUGAUCGGCCGGUCCCAGCAGAAGCAGGAUCUGCCAGACGACCUUCAUUGACUGGGCCUUCUUCCAUUUCUAAACCUACCAUAAACCAGCCAUCAGGCCACUUGGAACGGCCAGCCUGGACACCUCAAAAUGCAUCUCAGGCAAUAUGCCACUUCUGGCUCAAUGGAUGUUGCAAAAGAGGAAUGGCUUGUGAUUACCUUCACGAUCGAGAUCCUAGCCUUCCAAUUGCACCAUCGCCUGCGGAAAUGAUCGUACGGACUACGUGCAAAUUAUGGGCAGAAGGUCGUUGUCCAAAAAGUGCUGAAGGUUGUCCUAAUCUUCAUGAACACACAGACUUCGUUCCACCAUCCAAUCGGACCACUUCCGCUCAUUAUCGCCAUCGUCCAGAAGGGAUAUCGAAAUCUUUACAGCAAGCGUCUAUUGCUCCCCGCAAAUCUGUCAGGUUUGGAAUUGAAGACCCUAUACAAUUGGUUACAGAGCCUACCGCACCAGAACAGCGAAGCAUAAACAGGCAGCCAAUAUCAUCAACCGGCAGCAUUGUUUGUAAACGUUUCAAUUUUGGAGGCUGUGAGCGAGGAGAUGAGUGUUUGUAUCUCCACGAGGGCACAGAUAUCGAAAGGCAAAGAGACCAAGAGCGGCGAGAAGCUAAUAACAUCCCACUAUCGUUCGAUAGACUAGCUAAAAGCCCUCCGCGCCAGACCACAGAUACCGCCGACGCCAUUUUGUCAUCCCCCGUUGAGGAUGAUGUGGAUAUGCUAGGGUCUGAAGAAGGACAUCGUGGAGUUGGGGAGAAGCCUCAGAUCAAAUCACCAAUUGUUCCACCAAGCUUGGUGGCAAAGCUCAAGACGAUUAAGAUGGGCGAUUGUGGGCGCAAGAAAACAAUUGAUGGUUUUGGGACCAGAUCCAAAGAAGUUGUCUUCGGAACUGAGGAUCCCCAAUCAAUGGUUCUUGACUUCGGUGAUAUGGGAUUACAAGAUGACAAAUCAUGGUUGCGUACCUUCAACUCUACAUCAAAAGUGGUUUUUGACCAGCUUUGUAUGGUCCCAGAUAUCAGACUUCGUCAGAGAUCGAACCAACAACAAACAAUUGGGUAUGGAAGUCUGGGAGCAGUCAACGUUGCAGAUGCGGAGAUGCUCAAGUUCAUCGAUCAUCUUGCAAACGAGCUAGUCAUUCGCGCUGCGGGCUUAGCCUCUAUAAUUGCGGAAUUCGCUAUACUUGUCUACCCUUCGAAGGAUCGACAGUGGAGCUUCCUUGAACAAUCUGCCAACUACAUCUCGGAAUCUCAGUUGCGAUAUGUAGUUAUCAGACACGGCCUCGAUUUUGGCAUUCCUCAAGACUUGUCAGCCAAGGUCAGCUUUGGCGAACCAUUUAGAAAGACUCUCAUGGACAAAAUCUAUGGGCUUCGCUUGAGCAGAUUAUUGCCGAAAUUCGAGAAAGGUCAAAAUCCUUUCAAGUUCUUUUUACUCUUCCCGGAGUCUGAACAGCAAACUUCGAACUUCUUUGCUGCUUGGAUACUGGCUUCAUGUUCCAAAUCUCUGAUAUAUGACAGUCGGACGGAGGGCUCAUGGGAUAUCUUCAGCAAGAGGCAGAACCAUGAGGGCUUGGCGGUGGUUCUUAUUCAUGAGAAGCUCGCUGGAAGUAUCGAUCGAUUACCCUCUGUGACUCGUCUCAUCCCGUAUUCUGGGAUUGUCUUUUGGAAUGUCUCAGAUUCUACCUCGCCGUACCAAAUGCUCCCUUCUAAUUCAUACGAGCCCGAAUCCGACUUGGGAAAGAUAAAGCUCACACGUCUUUUGCCUCAAGGCUGUGCUUUCCUCGUCACCCCAAGCUUUCUCGUAGCCGAGCCCGAGUUGUCUUAUGACUUAUUGGAAUGGUUCUUGCAUAAGAAAUUCCCUACUUCGACCCCUGGAACGUGGAAGCUCGUUUGCUGCUACAGCUUCAGCGAUUUCAUGUUAGACCUCGCAAACACUAAAGUCCUGGAAAAGGAGGCGUUUGAGAGAGAGCACAGAGACAACCCAGCCAAAGACUCAAUGUUGAACGAGAAGAAGCUGGGGUUUUUGCAUUGCGAAACGCGUUACAAGAUUCACGCUUUGCUUAUCGAAUGGGAAGCAAAACGCCCCUUAGGUGACUACGACUCGGCUUCGGAUUUCAAUGAUAGCCAUGAGAGUCCGUUUGUGGAGGCUCCUAAAUGGAUCGAUCCGGAUGAUGAGGAGAAUAUGGUGAAGUGGUUUGCCAGCUCUUGGUCGAUACAGAAGCUCGACUGCUACAGAAAAUUUGGAGUUAUUGGGACAAACGCAAAAAGUGCUAAGCGGGCCAGUAGGCUCAAGACAAUUGUACAGAGCGAGCCUGCUGCACCUUCGUUCAAGACAUUUUCGAUGUCUAAGUCCAGCCUUGCUGUACAAUCUCCUGCUACGCAACCAACGAUAUCUGCCGGAAAGCGGAAAGCAAUGGAGAUUGCAGCUAAAUAUAGCAAGCCUGAUUCGACAGCCUCGUCUGAUGUCUCUAUGGAUAUCGAUAGCCCCGUUCCCUCAAAGCAUGGCAUUGAUAUGAACCAACGAGAAGAUGUCUUGACCUUUAUCGCAACGACCGGAAGCAAUUCAGUCGAUGCGAAGAGAUAUCUUGCAAGAGCCAACAACGAUCUCAGAAGUGCAGUCGAGAUUUACAACAGAGAAGAAGUUGACAGAUCAGCUACCGAAUUGAUCAACGAAGAGAGCCGUAGGCACCUACCACGCCCCGUUUUCAUGGAUUCAGAUUUACAGCCCAACCGGUCCACCUCAAACCAAGGCUCACUCCAACUCGACUUCCCCCAGAAAACCAGAUCCGGGAUUGCAACUGAGAGCGAGAGGCCGUCGAAGAAAGGACGUUGGGAAGAACUGACGCCAAUGGACGUCGACGUUGAAGAUAAUGACGACGACGAAGGGCAGCGGGAGAAGCCGGCGUCGAUGAUGGUGACGAAGGACUUCGAGGCUACGAGCGUGUGGUACGAGAAGUUGCAGGCUGAAGGAAGUGGGUGGGAGCACGUUACUCUAUGCACGGAGUGGGCGAAGGCGAAGAGUUAUCUUGGGAUGGAGAAGACGGGGCGCUGA